CAAGGACUUCUCUUCUCCUAUAGAGCAGAUACUCACACACACACCAUUCCACCACCAAAAACCCCAGAUUUCACACACUCCCUGAGGGAAGCAAUGGAAGAGGAUAAGAUGUUAUCAGCUCCUCAUGGAGGAGGAGCAAAAGCAAAAGCAACCAACAUCAUCCGCGGUGCAAUAGUGGGACUAUGUAUAAUUGUAUUUCUUGGUUAUAUCAUGAUGUGGUGCAUCAUGCCAACUGAUACGUAUUACAACAAAUGGGUUCCUCACAUCAUGGCCAGCACCAAUUCAACUUACUUCGGAUUACAAGGUCCAAUACUGCUGGAUUUUACAUUUCCUAUCUUGUUCAUUGCUGUUAUGGGAUGCAUAUAUACUCAUUUGGGAAAGGGAAUGGAGAGCAGUGACAGGAAAAAGGAUCCGUUCAAGAAGUUGAGGCGGCCCAUGAUCAUCAAAGGCCUCGGAAUUGUUAACUGGAUAGAGCUUUUCUUUUUUGCCAUGUUCAUCCUCCUCUGCCUGUGGUACUUCUCUUCUUUCAUGCAUUUCUGGUACGAGAAGAUCAACAUGGAAGCCAUGUCUCGAGGAGAUAAGCUGUGGCAAGCGAAGUUGGAAAGAUUUGCUUUGGUGAUUGGUCUGGCGGGGAAUGUAUGCUUGACAUUUCUCUUCUUUCCGGUGACAAGAGGAUCAUCAAUAUUGGCUUUCUUGGGUUUAACUUCAGAGGCCAGCAUCAAGUACCACAUUUGGCUUGGACACCUUUCCAUGACCAUGUUUACCGCUCAUGGCUUUUCUUAUCUCAUUUAUUGGGCUCUCACUCAUCGGUUAUCAGAGGCGCUAAAAUGGGAUGAGAUGUGGGAUCAAACCUAUGUAAACAACAUAGCAGGAGAGCUAUGCUUGCUGUCUGGAUUAGUGAUGUGGAGCACAACUUUCCCAAGCAUCAGACGACGCAUGUUUGAAGUCUUCUACUACACUCACAACCUCUACAUCCUCUUCAUCAUUUUCUACAUUCUUCACAAGGGCCUUUUUUUCAUCUGCAUUAUGCUUCCUGGGAUGUACCUCUUCGUGAUCGAUCGAUUCCUGAGGUUCUUACAAUCAAGACAAAAGGUCCGUCUAGUUUCUGCUCGUGUUCUACCCUGUGAAACUGUCGAGCUCAACUUCUCCAAAAGCCGAGCUUUGAACUACACUCCAACAAGCACUAUGUUCGUGAGUAUCCCCAUCAUUUCUAAGCUGCAGUGGCAUCCGUUCACCGUUACUUCCAACAGUCAUUUGGAACCAGACACGCUCAGUGUGGUGAUUAAAUGCGAAGGGAGUUGGACUAAGAAGCUUUACGACCUGAUUUCAUCGCCUUCUUCUGUUGAUCGUCUUCAAGCUUCUAUUGAAGGACCCUAUGGACCUCCAACAACUCACUUUCUCAGGCAUGACAUGCUUGUGAUGGUCAGCGGAGGAAGUGGAAUCACGCCUUUCAUCUCUAUCAUCAGAGAUUUGAUGUUUAUGAGCUCAGCACGAAAAUGCAAGACUCCCAAGCUACUGCUGAUCAGCACAUUCAGGAACUCCUCGCAUCUCUCCAUGCUAGACCUUCUCCUUCCAGUUUCUGGUGCUUCUGCAGGAUCUUGCAAUUUGGACCUACAAAUAGAGGCUUAUGUAACCAGAGAAAAGGUGCAACCGCUGGAGAAAGCGGAACCUGCCCGGAUCAUUCGCUUCAGGCCACUGCCAUCAGAUUCUCCCAUAUCUCCCAACUUGGGCAAAAAUAGUUGGCUUUGGCUCGCCGCAAUCAUCUCAUCCUCUUUCGUCAUUUUCCUUUUCAUUUUGGGUAUCAUUACUCGCUACUACAUUUACCCCAUUGAUCACAACACCAACAAGGUCAACCUGAUGACUCAAAGGACCGUGCUAACUACACUCAUCAUAUGCUUCUCAAUCGCGAUCACGGCCACCGCUGCUUUUCUGUGGAACAAGAACCAAAAUGUCAAGGAAACCAAACAGAUCCAGGAUUUGGAAGAUUCAACAACAGGAGGAUCAUCCGGCUCCAUGCAUGAUGCUGCUGAUAGAGAAUUAGAGAGUCUUCCCCAUCAAUCUCUCGUCAAAUCUAUGAAGGUGCACUAUGGAGCAAGACCCGACCUCAAGCGAAUUUUGCUGCAGAGUAAGGGAUCAAGCAUUGGAGCUCUCGUGUGCGGCCCUAAGCAGAUGAGGCAUGAUGUAGCCGCCAUUUGCUCAUCCGGUUUAGCAGAAAACCUUCACUUUGAAUCAAUCAGCUUCAGUUGGUGAUUACCUGAUCCUCGGAUUGGAUACCAGAUGCAUGUAUGUAAAAGCUGAAUAGUAAUCUAAGCUGAACCAGGGACCCAUCAAAUACGUGUUUGUGUGUGUAUAGCUAGUAAUUCUAUGUCAUCGUUAUUAGUGUUGAUUGUUGUAUUCCCCGCUCCCCGCCCCCAAUUUUCUGGUCGAAAGCUAAGUACCAUACGGACGUUACUAAGUUCGAUGUUGAAGAAGUUUGGAUGCCCGCCGAGCGGCCUAGAUUUCAGAGAUGCAGUCUCCUUGUUUAUCAUCUUAUAAAAAGAUCAAAUAUUUUACUCUA